AGGGCGCGGCUAUCCCGGGUAUGAAUCUUUUCUCUUUGCCUUGUUCUAGUCUGGGCAGACCCAGAGCAGGCCGGAAGACAGCUCUGGGUAGAGUGUCGGUCGCCUCUGACCUGCAAGUGCUUUUGACCUUCAUCACGAUUGGAUAGUCCCUCUAAACCUAGCCGGAUCCAAGGCCGGAGUCAAGAGAACUUUCUCUUUCUGAACCCCACGCUCGGCUUGAGAAGUGAAGCACCUGGCGAAGUGAGGUUGUUCAGUCCUGUACGACUCUUCAUGACCCCAUGGCAUAGCACAUCAAGCCCUUCUAUCCUCCACUGUAUCCCGAAGUCUGUCCACGCUCUUGUUGGUUGCUUUCAUGAUACUAUCUGUCCAUCUCGUCCUCUGCUGUCCCCUUUUCCUUUCUCCUUCAAUCCUUCCCAUCUGUGAGAUUUUCUCAAAGGGGACCUAUUUGGGAUACACAAUGUCCAUAGCAUUAUUAGAGAGAUACAUGGCUGCCAUGGUACUAAGUGCAGUAGGUGACUCCCUGGGAUAUUUCAACGGGAAAUGGGAGUUCCUCUUUGAUGGUGAGAAGAUCCACCAACAGCUUGCUGAACUUGGAGGAUUGGAUGCCAUCGAUAUUGAAGGCUGGAGAGUCAGUGAUGACACAGUGAUGCACUUGGCAACGGCAGAAGCCCUCAUUGCUGCUAGGAAAGAAGAGGACUUGACCCGGGUGUAUUCCCUCAUAGCAAGACACUAUAAAGAAUGCAUGAAUGACAUGACUGGCCGAGCUCCAGGUGCUGCCAGUGAGAACAAUGCCUUGAAGCUGAAGCCAGAUGAACCCAAUGGAUGGAGGAUUCCAUUCAGCAAAAAGGAGGGGGGAUGUGGUGCUGCCAUGCGUGCCAUGUGUAUUGGACUAAGAUUCCCACACCCUGAACAACAGGACACUCUGAUCCAAGUGAGCAUUGAAAGUGGCCGCAUGACCCAUCACCAUCCCACCGGCUACCUUGGGGCUGUUGCCUCGGCUCUUUUUACCUCUUAUGCAGUGAAUGGCAAACCCCCUCAAGAAUGGGGAAGGGGAUUGAUGGAGGUGCUACCAAAAGCCCAAAAGUACAUUGUGCAGGCCGACUAUUUUGUGAAAGAGAAUCUUGAAUCCUGGGACUAUUUCAAAGAUCAAUGGGAAAAGUACUUGAAACUUCGAGGGAUUUCAAAUGGUGGACCUCCUAUUUUCCCAGAGUCCUUUGGUGUGAAAGAGAGAGAUCAAUUCUAUAAGUCACAGGGUACGUGUUCCAACUAUCCAAUUACGUCUACCAAGACACGAACCGGAACUGUCUUUUAAAAGAAAGGGCACCAGAUCAGAGAGUCCACUCAUCUUUGAUUUAAGUCUGUACAAUGUGGUCCAUAUGUACACUAUUUUAUCAUUUGAGGGAAUAAACUUUCAAUGUGCGGGAUGGAGGGGAAAACAAAAAAUAAAGAAAAAAUUAAAUCUCAACUGAUCUUGGGAUGUCAUGCUGAUUAGACUAGUGACCCACAAAUACAAGGAAGAGAGAGAAUGUCAAGAGCAUUUUUGCCUAUGGAGGACAUAUGUCACUGCUGUUUUGCUUCUGUAACCACAUUUGCAUAUGUGUGAUAGGCGUUUGGAGAUGCAAAAUUAUGGUGAAAUAGAUUCCCUUGCCCUCAUGAAGUUUAAAACCCAAUAGCAUGUGAGCUGACAGAGGAAUUUCAUCAACCAUGCUUGUUCAAGCUCAUCAUAUACUGAUUUAUGUAUUUUGAAGCAAAGCAUGUGUAGAACUAUGAUUGGUGUCUGCAAUUGCUGAGUGCAUCCAAGAGAACUGGGAAUGAAAUGACAUUUUCUGGGCAUUCAUUCAUAACAAAAUAUUUUGGCCUGCAGCAUUUUCAUAGACCCCACCCACAUGUAUCUUUCUUGUUCCCAUCAGCUCCACCAGACCAUACCCACUUCCUAUUACUCACCCUCUUUCUCACAAAUGUAGACAAUGUCUCACUAAAACAUUUGCCAGCUACAAGAUUUUGUGAAGAAGCUUUAAUGUUCCAUGGAACAGAAAGAGACUGGAAAGGAUAUCUAUAUUUGUGUUUCAAAUUUCCUUCAGUGUAUCUUGAUUUCUUUGAAGUUCAUGAGUAUAAGGGUCAUCAUCACUGGGUACGAACCCCGAUAUGUUCCAGAGGUUUGUCUAUAAUCCCGAUUUCAAAUCUAACUUUGAAGAACUAGAAUUGAAUCUGUGUCCAGGUCUGUGAUUUUGACUGGACUCAGUCCUAGGGAGUCUGGUCUUUAAUGAGAGAAGUCUCCCUUUUCUCACAUAUUUUGGUUCAUUAAACUGCCUACUUCCAUACCACAAGAGUUAAUUUUUAUGUAAGACACUCACCUAGGGCUUUUCCAAAGAGAGAGUAAAAAAGUACAUCAAAUUCCAAAUGAAUAAGGUAUAAGAUUGGUAACUUAUUGCUC